AUGGAUAAUGUUUCUGUACUAGCAUUUUUUAUGCUUUCAGGACUGAAUUACACAGUGCAACACAGGAUCAUUCUGUUUGCUCUCACUUUACUGUGUUAUGCAGCAAUUUGGAUAGUAAAUCUUGUUCUCAUCAUAACCAUCGUUGUGGACCGGAAACUUCAUGAGCCUAUGUACAUCUUCCUCUGUAAUCUUUGUAUUAAUGGACUUUAUGGGACAGUGGGCUUUUACCCAAAGUUCCUCACCGAUCUUCUAUCUCCCUCUCAUGUCAUCUCUUAUGCUGGAUGCCUUCUGCAGAGUUUUGUGAUACACUCAUCAUCUGGAAGUGAGUUAUCCAUUCUAGCUGUUAUGGCAUACGACAGAUAUGUGGCUAUGUGCCAGCCACUAAUGUACCACGCUGUUAUGACUACACAGAGAAUAUCUCUGUUAGUGGCUUUCUCUUGGCUCUUACCUCUUUUUUGCAUGUUCAGUAACACAAUGACAAUUUUUCAGACAAAAUUGUGUGACUCACACAUACCUAAACUUUACUGCUCAAAUGCACUAAUUGGUAAACUGGCUUGCAAUACCUCUGCAGCAAAUACUGGUGUUGCAUAUUUCAACAUUGCAAUUUACAUUGUUCACUUUUUCUUUCUUGUGUUGUCUUAUAUGCAUCUGGUGAAAACAUGCCUAACAUCCAAAGAGAGCAGGAAGAAGUUUAAGCAAACAUGUGUUCCACAUUUAGUCUCUUUGUUCAAUUUUGCCUUUGCUGUGUUGUUUGAUUUAAUGUACACUCGGUUUGGUUUGGGAAUGUCAUCACAGAGCCUUCAGAACUUCAUGGCCAUAGAAUUUAUUUUAAUUCCUCCACUUGUGAAUCCUCUGGUUUACGGGUUAAAACUGACCAAAAUUCGAAACAGAAUUUUUGUUUUUUUUCAACAACAGAAAGAAAGUGUCCUGUCAGGGUAG